UGAUGUGUGAAAAUAGCUUGUCACCCUGCUGUCUAGAUAAUAAUGUUGUUUGUAAGCACACUUCACUAGCACGCUGCGAUUGAUUGAAGCACUCAGCACCUUCAGUUCGAUGCACCCUUCGCGAAUGUUAGUUGUGUGCGCGUGUGAUUUUCCCUUCCGAAAAAUGGCUUUGCGUACUUUGAUGCAAAGGUCUCGUGGUUCCACUGAACGUUUGUGCGCCAAAAGGUAUGUAAACACCGUUGCCACAGCAACGAAGCAGUUCAUCGAUCCGGAAUGGAGCACCGCAAAGCCGUACAAAGCCAUUCCCAGUCCGAAGUUGUUGGCGUUUGCGAAGGAAUUCAAAGAAGGAGGCCGUUAUUACGAACUUACCGGUGCCGAUCUGUUUGCUCGAUGGCGUGAAGAUUACGGUGACCUGAUACGCAUCAAAGGAAUGUUUGACCGACCGGACAUUGUGGUUACCUUUCAACCGGAAGACUUCGCAAAGGUAUUUCGCACCGAGGGUGCUUGGCCGAUACGGAGAAGCUCGGCAACGCUAUCCUACUAUCGGGAGAAGGUGCGCCCGGAGGUGUUUGGAGAGCUGAGCGGGCUCAUAACGACGCAAGGUGAAACGUGGCAGCAGCUGCGGACCAUCGUGAACCCGGUGAUGAUGCAACCGAAAAUCAUUCGCCUCUACGUGGAUCAGGUGGAUGCUGUUGCGAGAGAGUUUAUGACAAUUGUGGCUGAACUGCGCGAUGCAAAGUGUGAAGUACCGGCCGAUUUCAACCAGUGGCUGAACCGUUGGGCACUAGAGACGAUGGGAGUGCUCGCACUGGACACGCGGCUUGGUGUACUCCGACCGGAACAGACAACAGGGGCAAAGGCUAUCAUUUCGCUUGUGCAAAAGAUAUUCGAUCUGAUGUACCGGCUGGAGUUUGAACCUGAAUAUGUUCUUUGGAAAUACUUCCAAACUCCAUCGCUUAAGCUGCUGAUGAAAGAGUUAGAUAAUUUAACAAAUCUUGUGAUGGGGAAAAUCGAUGAAGCAGUCCGGAGGAUUGAAAAAGCACCCAAUAUGGAAGGAACUCAGAGUGUCCUGGAGAAACUGCUGAAGACGAACAAGCAGCUAGCAGUGGUGAUGGCUUUCGACAUGAUAAUGGCCGGAAUCGAUACGACAUCAUCGAGUACGUUUGGCAUUCUGUACUGUCUCGCGAAAAACCCAUCCAAGCAGGCGCUACUGCGCAAAGAGCUGCGUAGUAUUCUUCCGCACCAUGAUUCACCCUUGACGCCGGAAAACAUGCGCAACUUGCCGUACUUGCGUGCUUGUAUCAAGGAGGGACUGCGGCUGUACCAACCAACGCCAGCAAACGUGCGGAACGUGGGUCAUAAUAUCGUCCUGCAAGGAUACCGCAUACCGAAAGGAAUGGAGGUAGUGAUGGGAACGCUAGCGUUGCAACGUGAUGCAGCUUACUUCCCUCAGCCGGACGCAUUUCUGCCGGAAAGAUGGCUACCCGAAGGACAGGACACGGGUGUACCCAGCGGAAAGGAGGCACAUCCGUUUAUCUUUCUCCCGUUUGGAUUCGGUGCAAGAAGUUGCAUCGGCAAACGACUGGCGAUGAUGGAAAUGGAGAUCGUUAUUGCACGGCUUGUGCGUAGGUACGAGGUGGGAUGGAAUUACGGCAAGCUCAAAGUGAAAAUGGGCUUUGUCACUACUGCCACAGUGCCGCUUCAGUUCGAACUGAAAGAUGUGAUUGAUUAGCGGCAUCUAUAAAUAGCUCUGUAACGCUAACGGCGAUAACGGUACGUCCGGUGGUGUUGGUAUGCAAGUGUUUUGCAUGAGUCAACUGUUCUAAUCUAAUCUUAUCUUGCCUCUAUUCACUGACCUAGUACACUGAAAAGGAGUACUGGCCUAUGUUUUAUGAUAAUUGAAUAUAAUUUGAAUAUUUUGCUCAACAACUCUUCCAAUGUUGCACAACCAUUACCAUUGCCUUUUGUCACAUAAAUUUUGCAACCUUA